CACAAGAGGUUGAAGUGCAUGAAGAAGCAGAAGAAUAUCGGAUAAGUCGAUUUACCAGUCAGUUGAAUUCAGUAAUUCGUUAGUGCACCUCGAGUCAGGCAACCAUGGAUUAUUCAGCUAUCUUCAUACUAGCAGCCUUAUCACUACUAGCAACGAUUCAAGCUGAGGAAUCCAACGGCCAUGCAGUCGGCAACAUACAGAGCAACCACCCCCCACCCAUCAAACUCGACCCAAAACUGAGGCGCGCUCUACUGAGGGUACUCACGAAACUCGAAGAGGAGGAAAAACAAAACAAAGACUACGACUUCGACAAAAUGCCCAUGGGAAACAUUGUGACCGAGGAAGACUUCAUCAACUAUUUCAACAGCAAGGAUGCCCAGACCCAACUAUUCGAUGCCACAUCCAAAGAAGACGACCAGGUCAUCAAAAUCGACCAGAACUACAAGAGGGCUCCGGGCGAGCAGUUAAAGUUCAGUUUGUAUGACCCUUCAGGUGAAAAACAUAACCCUGAGGAGAUCCUGAAUGGUCCAUUCGUAGAGAAAUACAAGAACCAAGAGGUUGAUGAGAUGAGGAUGAAAGAAGUUGAGGAGUUGUCAGAGCGGGUGAAGUUUGUAUCAACUGAACCCUCACCUCAAGACGCCAUAUUUUUCCAGAUACCUCACCCCAUAGAGAUCCCCAAUACAUCAAAUCUGGAUAGCACCAAGUUCUCGUUCACUAACGACUCCCUUAACGCGCAGGAAACUAGAAACAUUGUAGCUUCCCAAACUGAAUCAGUAAAGGUUGAUGAGAAGGUUAAGGAGGAAGCAGUAGCUGAGAAUGAAGUGGCAGGUAAUGUAGGGGAUGACAAUGAUGAAGAGGAAGUAGAAGAUGAGAAACCUAGUGGAAAUUCAACAAAACCGGAGAAACAUGAGGUUGAAUUCUUUGGUGCUCCCUUAUUGGCUGCCUUCACUGUACAACAAGACCAACAAGGUUUACCCCGCAGAGUGAUCCCAUUGGAUUACAGGAGCAACGGAGGAGAACCCAUACCGUUGCCUACAAUCAAGGAACAGGAGGAACAAGAGGCCAAGGAGAGGGAACUACAGGAAAAACAAAGGAUUUUGGAACAACAGUUGUUGGAACAACGGGAGAGAUUGAGGUUGUUGCAACAACAACAAUUUCAACCUCAACAGGUCUUUGGGAACAGUGAGAACAGCCAAUUCAGGUUUAGUGACAACGAACACAGGAACAGCCCACAGUAUUAUGAACAGUUGAGAAGUCAACAACAGAUUUUGUUGGCCAAUCAACAGCGACAACAGUUGGCAGUAACACAACAGGGGGAACAACAGAGGUUGUCACUCCUGGAACAAGCCAGACAAAAACAACAGACGAUCCUGUUGAGUCCUCAACAGAGACAACAGGAAGAACAGGAGAGGAUUUUGGCGCUGAGGGAACAGGAACGGUUGAGAUUAUUGAGGAAGGAGGAAGAAUUGAGGAAUCAACAGGGUUUCAACUUUCAGAGGAGUGUUGACUUCCAGUUUAGACCUUCACAGCCUCUACCCAACCAGUUUGGAUCCAACAAUGUCAGUCCAUUCAACCAGUUUCAACCAUCAGCUGAGCUGAACAGAGUCAACCGUGGUGAAUCAAACAGAUUUGUGGGUAAUCUGGGGUUCAACAAUGUUAUACCAACACCUGCACCCACUCCAGAUGCUCAACUUCAGAAUCUGCUCUUCCGGUCAGGUGUUACAGGAGAAAUUAAGACUACGGGACAACAGGAGGACCUCAAUAUUGUUUCAAAAGUGUUGGCUUUGAAUCACGGGGCGCAGUUACAACAGUUCCAGAAUCCUCAACAGAGUUUUGUUAGUCAACAAUCAAACAACAAUCAACAGUUUGUUCAGCAGCAGCCACAGAACCCCCCACAACAAAACUUUGUGCAGCAGCAACCCAAUGGGUUACAGUUCCAGAACUUUGUUCAGCAACAACCAAGUGUAGCACAAAACUUUGUUCAACAACAGAGUAAUCAGCAAAGCUUUGUGCAACAACAGCCAAGUGUUUCACAGAGCUUUGUUCAGCAACAACCUAGUGUGUCACUAAACUUUGUUCAACAACAACCCAGUGUCUCACAGAACUUUGUUCAACAACAACCUAGUGUCUCACAGAACUUUGUUCAACAGCAACAGAGUGUGUCACAAAAUUUCGUGCAGCAGCAACAGCCACGAGAUUCACAAAUUUUGUACAGCAACCAAGUGUCUCACAGAACUUUGUUCAACAGCCUAGCGCUCCACAAAACUUUGCUCAACAGCCUCAAAACUUUGCACAACCUCAGAACUUUGUUCAACAACCUCAAUCACAACAACAGUUUCAACAACCACAGCAGCCACCUCAAAACAACUUCGUACAACAACCACAAAACUUUGUGCAAAAUUCUCAACACUUUGCACAGCCACUACAAGCUCAACAACAGACCUUUGUGCAACAGCACCAAAACUUUGCUCAACCACCCACAAAUACUUUCCAACCCAUUCAACAGAACUUGUUACAAUCGUUUACAAAUCAGCAGAAUGAAAUAUUUAGGUCGAGGGAAAUCCUAGGUCAGCAUUCUUCAAAAGUUAGUAAAGUUGUUAGGGCACCUUCUAGAGUCAUAGAGCCCCCAUUCCCGUGAAAAACUCCCUAGUGCCUGAAAUCUCAAAAUUUUGUUGUUGGAUGCAACAACAAUCGAUGAAUAUUUGGUCAAAAUAUGAGUGAAAAUAUUUUUUAAAUUCAAAUUCUCAGUUGUUGCUUCCAAAAUACCACUCAAUUGUAAAUAUUGUUGACUGUAUAUCUUUUGUAAUUUUACAAAUUGUUGUGUUAAUAUAGUUUUUAAGUGAUGAUUGAAUAGUAUUCAAAGUUUUAUGGACAUUUGUUAUGCUAUAACAUUGUUAUAACUAGUAUUUAAUUUAAAUCAUGCUUCAAGUCCAUUAACAAUGAUAGCCCAUAUAGUAGAAGAUUGAAAUAACUUCAGGGAGCUCUAGAAUAGUCUCAAUAAUAGAUUUGAAUAAUAGUUGGCUUUGGCUUUAUUUAUUUGACAGCUGUUUACACCUUGUUGAUACAUACUAGCAGAUAUGUAGUAGAUAAUGACCACCUACUUCAUACCUAUGUCUAGAUUAUGUUAACAAGUUAUAUUUCACAAGCUAUACUUUACAAGCUUUAUCAAAAAUAUUUCACAUUAGAUAGGCAGCUCAAAGUACCUGUGUAUAAUAUUAUAGUCUAUGAUAGAGUAUCAUGAUAUUUCUGGAUAAUUGUCACUUUAGAACCUGUUAAAAAACUGCGGUAGAGCCUAGUAAGCAAUGUCAUCUUCUUGAAAAUCCUACAUGAGUGAAUCAAUUUAUACACAAGUAAAGAUGCUUUAAUGAAUAUUAUUUUUCUUUGUAUGAUAAGAAUAAUUAUUGAUCUAGUUCUCUUUUAAGCUAGGUUCACACCAAAGCUAUUAGCAAAAUGUUUAUUUCUCAGUCCUUAUAGAUUCUAUUAGAUUGAACAUAACUUAUCAAACACAUGAUGAGCAUAUGUGUUUGUCAAGCUUCGUUUAAACUAAUAGAAUCUUUAAGGACGGAAAAAUAAAACAUUUUGUUAAUAACUUUAUUGUAAAUGCAGCUUCAUGAAUCUAUAUUCAAGAUAUAUUUUUGUCAUUCGAGUAAAAUCAAAAUAAUAGUUACUGUUCAAUGAAUUGUAAAUAGAACACUAUAUGAACAUGUAAACAAAAUCAAUGUGUUGAAUGUGUUUUUUAAUAAAUUCUUGUA